AUGACCUCAUCUUAUCGCGAGUUACAACGUCUGCGAGACCAGUUGUUUCCAGAGUCCAUCGACAUUUCUCUGGAUGGGGCUUACGCAAGGACGAUAAAGCGCAAUGAGUUGGGCCCCUUUCCUCUGCCAAAACACAUCGAGGCGAAGCUGGGGCAGCGGUCCAUCCUGGACAAGCUUCGAAACCAGCCCAUCAAUUCCAGCUCAGACUCGGCUCUCGUUCUUGCAAACAACGUGCUUACCAAGGAGGAUCUCACCAACCCUGCAUUGGUUCCGCUUUUUGAGAACAAACGGCACCAAAAAUAUCAUCAUAGCAACUGGAAAUUACACAAAGUCCUGCUCGGUCACACGGGCCAGGUCACCUCUGUCACCUUUGAUCCGUUCAACAAAUACUUUGUCACUGGAUCUGCCGACAGCACGAUUAAAAUCUGGAACCUGGCAGCCUCCAGGUUGGACCUCACUUUAACGGGUCAUAUUAUGGCUGUUCGAGGAUUGGUGGUUUCAGACAGACAUCCGUACAUGUUCAGUUGCUCAGAGGACAAAACAGUUAAGUGCUGGGAUCUGGAAAAGAACGCUGUGAUUAGAGAUUAUCAUGGACAUCUCAGUUCUGUCUAUACUAUUGACCUGCACCCAACGCUGGAUUUAAUCGUGACGGCUGGCCGUGACUCUAGUGUUCGUGUUUGGGAUAUUCGCACAAAAGUGGCAGUUUAUACAUUCACAGGCCACAAAUCGAGCGUCAACAUGGUGAAGGCACGAGCCACGAAUCCCCAGGUUAUCAGCUCUUCCAUGGACUCUACCGUCAAGACCUGGGACCUGAUUGCUGGAAAAUGCGACAAAACAUUGACAUAUCACUCCAAAUCUGUGCGCUCAUUUGCUCUUGGAUCCAACGACCAGCAGCUGGUGUCUGCUUCCUCGGAUGGAAUCAAAAAGUUCCAGCUUCCAGACUGCACCUAUUUGCAAAAUCUCGAGUUCUUCGACACCAACAAAAUAUCUGAGGGAAACACAAUCAUUAACACACUGGCCUCCAACUCUGACGGGGUCAUGUUCGGAGGCUGCGAUGACGGCAAGUUUGCUUUCUGGGAUUGGGAAUCGGGCGAGAUUUUCCAAAAGGGGCAGAACGUCGCCGUGCCAGGGUCGCUGGCCGGAGAAACAGGUAUUUUGUGCUCCAAGUUCGACCAGAGUGGUCUGCGGUUGAUAACCGGAAACGUCGACAAGAGCAUUAAAAUUUGGAGACAGAUGGAUGAGGCCGUCUGACUUAUUGCCGCUAAACCGUGUUGAAUUAUAUAUAUUAUGUACCCCUUGCUUCAAAAUGCAUCCAUGGUAUAGUCGUACUCAAUUCCAGGUGUUACACUAGCAAUGAACUUGAGGAAAAUCACCAAGUACUGGUCCACGCGAAUAAUGCCUUCCUCCCCUUGCUCAACGUUUUCCCAAUCAUCUUCUUCGUCGGCAUUCUUACCAUCUGCAAGACCAAGCUUGGCCACACCCGUCACCAGAUCUUUGUCCCUUAUCUUUUUCGCCUGCGCAGCAUGUGCAGCACGCUUCAUUAAAACCCUCAUCACGUUAGCAUGACGACAAGGAUGGAUGGACACGGAAGUUGUGUUGGACAAAAAUGGCGCUUUCUCGAUCGUCACAGUUUUCUGUCUGUAGUCGCUGGCAAUGUCUUCAAACAUCUCGUUUGGUGAUAAUGGCACACCAUUCGAGUUGAAACCAACUAGGUACAUUUUAGGAACCCGAUAAGAGGUCGAGUAGGUGAUGUAGAGAUCGUAGUUUCGUUUCUUUGGGUCGUUGAUGAUGCCACCCUGUCCUGCAUCGUUCGCAAGAUCACUUUCCUCUGCUGUCUCGUCGAUAAGUUCGUCAAUGUCAUUUAUUUCGUGUUUUCCGGAACCCUCAUGCUGGGCAACUCCUUCUUCUGGUGAGGACGCGCCACUUUCAGUCAUCUCAAUGUACUUGAUUGAAUGUCGCCGCUCGUCCUCUGUGUUGCACCGCUGAGGAGCCACACUGUCCACAUUGGUACUGGUCCACCCAUCUUCUUCUUCCAUCAUUUCGGCCUCUUUCUCCGUGUGUUCGUAGUCUGCUGCCCUGACAUAAGAAGGAACAUGCCGCGUCACUAAGAACUGCUUGUCGUUUGGGAGAAAAUCGCGCUUCUUAGACUCUGGUGCAGGUGACCAUUGCCAUGUGGGGAACUUGUAAACAAGGUAAUCUCCUGCAGCGACAAACUCCUCGGGAGUAAUCUCUCCCGUAUCUGUGAACGUGGAUUUGUGGCUGAUCGGAGUCAAAUACUCCCUUAAAGAGCUGAAAGUGGAUCUCAGGUAUAGACCUGUCAUGUCUUAAAGAUGGAAGUAGAGUAUAUGAUAAAAACACUUUAUUUGUAUAAUCACUAGAUUCCGAAUAUGUAAUGUAUGGUGUGAGCCAGGUUAUUGUAAAGCGCUAAUAUCAGCCCUGUUUCUCAACCAAGAAAAUCUAGAUUCCUUCAGUU